AUGGCGUCCAAGAAGAUGAAUGUCUUGGUCUACUCAGGUAUUGGUAAACUCCUACACUCGAAGAUGCGAUACUCACAGGCAACCAGUACAUGUGCGCUGCUUGUAUUCCCGGGUGGCGCUGACUUGGGCUACUGCCGCACGCUCAAUGGUGAGGGCAACCGGCGCAUCAGCCGCUAUAUCAACAGCGGCGGCUCGUAUCUUGGAUUCUGUGCUGGCGGCUACUAUGGCAGCUCGAAGUGUGAGUUUGAGGUCGAUGACCCCAAGAUGGGAGUGGUGGGCGAUCGCGAACUAGGCUUCUUCCCCGGCAUCUGUAGAGGACUGGCCUUUGCAGGGUUUCAAUAUGCUAGCGAAGCUGGCGCAAGGGCUACGAACAUCAAGAUCAAUAAACGCGCGUUCCAAAACGCAGACGACAGUGUAGCAGAUCAUUUCAAGAGCUACUAUAACGGCGGUGGCGUAUUUGUCGAUGCAGACAAGCUUGAAGACAGAGGAGUAGAGAUUCUUGCAAGCUACACCGAAGAUCUACAUGUUGAUUCAGGUGCGACAAAAGCAGCGAUGGUAUAUCGCAAGAUAGGCGAAGGGCAUGUUGUGCUGACAGUCUUUCUGGGACUGGUCUUGCAGAAGCUUGGACUACAAGUCAAUGAGGAGGAACAAGCGGUACCAUCCCUGUCUCGCCUGCACCUCACAUCUCACACUGGGACAGAUGUCUCCAACCUCAUCGAAAGCUGGGCUGAAGUCCUUACUGUAGUCGAUGGUGAUCAGUACAUUAAUGGCAAGAACGACAUUUUUAGAAUCGAAAAGCCUGGUAGCACUUGGAGCGUGCACGAGCUCAAGCGCGCUGUAAGCGCAGUGACAGAGAAACUACCGAAAUUGGGAACUGUCACUGGGAGUACUUCAUCAACAGAGACUCCAAGUGAUGAUAGGGAGAAACCGAAGACGAAAGAGGAAGAGAUUCAAGAAUGCGUUGCGUACACUGCGGCGUCUUCGUCCGAUCAGAUAAUUGACUACGAAAAGAUCGUCAAAUCCAUCCUUCCACACGACCAAGGACUACCGUCAACCAAAGAAAUUCCCUUCCACCAUGAGGCCUUUUAUGCGAAUCUAAACUUCUACCACAACAAAUUACGAAACCCAGAUGCUGCUUUUGGCAAGCACCUUCUAUAUGGCGAGGUCGUAACAUCUACCAACAGUCUGCUCGAGAAGAAUCCCGCGUUGCUCCGAAACUUACCGACCGGCUUCACGAUGACAGCAGCAACCCAGAUUGCUGGUCGCGGUAGGGGCGGCAAUUAUCUUGCUGCUUUGGCUAUCGUUGCCGGCAUCAAGAACUAUGGGCCAGGUUAUGACAAGAUACCAGUGAAGUUAAAGUGGCCAAACGACAUAUACGCGCAGCUCCCCGGCUCGUCCAACAACCCAGUUGUAAAGAUCGGUGGCAUUCUGGUAAACAGUAGCUACAGUGGCAGCAGCUAUGAUCUCGUCUGUGGUAUCGGUCUCAACCUCUCGAACGCACUACCUACGACAUCUCUCAACCUCUUAGCGAGUACCCAAUCGCCUCCUCUGAAAGCCUUCACUCACGAAAAGCUCCUCGCAUCUAUCCUUGCCCAAUUCGAAACGUUGUACUCGACCUUCUGCCAGGCUGGCUUCACCAGAGAUAUGGAAGGCGACUAUUACGACAAUUGGCUACAUACAGAUCAGAUUGUUACGCUCGAGACAGAGGGUGAUGUUAAGGCGAGGAUCAAGGGGAUUACGAGAGAUUGGGGUCUGCUGUUGGCCGAAGAGCUGGGCUGGGAAGAUCGACCUACGGGCAAGCUCAUUACGUUGCAGAGCGACAGCAACAGUUUUGACUUCUUCCGCGGGCUCGUCCGGCGGAAACUGUGA